AUGGGGUCUCUGCUCCCCCUCUCGCUGCUGGUUUUGCUGGCGGCUGCCUACCGGGGAGGCGGGAGCGCGCGUUGGCGCCGGGCUGCGCGGGCUCAAGGCCCCGGAGGCAACUCUCCGGAGCCCUCGGAGACCUCGGCGUCCUUCUGGGUGCGCGUGAGCCCGGCGUUCAAGGCCGUGCCGCCGGGGGGUUCGGUGUGGCUUAACUGCAGCAGCAGCUGCCCCCUGCCGGAGAAUUCCAGCCUCAGCACUCGGCUGCGGCGAGGCCGAACGCUUAGUGGGCCCGGCUGGGUAUCCUACGAGCUGUUGGAUGUGAGGGCCUGGAGCUCCGAGGUGCGCUGCUUCGUCACCUGCGCAGGAGAAACGCGGGGGGCCACGGCCAAGAUCACCGCCUACAAACAGCCGCACAGCGUGAUCCUGGAUCCCCCAGUCUUAGUGGGCAGUGAGUACACGCUGCGCUGCCACGUGACACACGUAUUCCCCGUGGGCUUCCUGGUGGUGACUCUGAGGCGCGGCGGCCGGGUCAUCUACUCUGAGAACCUGGAGCGCUUCACUGGCCUGGACCUGGCCAAUGUGACGCUGACGUACACGUUACCCGCUAGGCCCCGCGACUUCUUGCAGCCCGUGACCUGCCACGCACGCCUCAAUCUUGAUGGCUUGGUGGUCCGCAGCAGCUCGGCACCCAUGACGCUCACAGUCCUCGCUUGGAGCCCCGCGCCCAAGGUCUUGGCCUCCACCUCCAUCGCGGCCUUUGUGGGGAUCCUUCUCGUCGUGGGGGCCACCUACCUGCGAAAAUGGCUAUUGAUGCAGUCCCGGGGUGCAGAGGGGGUGGUCCAUGACCGCUGA